GUUUAAUUCAGUUCUCAAAAACCCAGGUGAAUUUCCUUUUGGGGUGCUCUCUGCUAUUCUAGAGUGUGGGUUGUGGAUCAUUUUCAUGGCAGGGGCAAGGAAGCUUCUCUCCAGAAUUCCAGUUUUAAAGUCUCUUAGUGCCUUCAAAUUGCCUUGUAGAAUAAUGAGUCAACCUUGUAGUGGAUCUCCAGCUCUGGAUUUCUCAGACACUGAAGCCCUCUACAAAAAUGUGCCAGAGCAUUUUAAUUUUGCAAGUGAUGUCCUGGAUAUAUGGAGCCAAAAGGAGAAGGAUGGAAAGAGACCUUCCACUCCUGCUCUUUGGUGGGUAAGUGGGAAAGGCGAGGAGGUGCAGUGGACCUUUGAGGAGCUGGCAUUCUUAUCCAGGAAAGCAGCCAACGUCCUCUCCAAAGCUUGCAAUCUGCAGAAGGGAGACCGAAUCGUCAUCAUCCUCCCCAGGGUGCCUGAAUGGUGGCUGAUCAGUGUGGGCUGCAUCAGAGCAGGUGUCACCUUCAUCCCAGCCACGAGCCUGUUGACUGCUAAAGACAUAUUGUACCGGCUCCAAAAGUCUCGGGCCAAAUGCAUAGUUACAAACGAUGCCUUGGCUCCAUUGAUCGACUCUCUUGCAUCUGAUUGCCAGUUCCUGAAAACUCGGAUGUUGGUCUCCGAAGGCACCAGCAGAGAAGGGUGGCUGAACUUCCAUGACCUGCUGAAUGCUGCAGACGGUGAUCAUCAGCCUGUCAAAACAAGGAGUCAAGAUCCAAUGACCAUUUACUUCACCAGUGGAACCACGGGUUAUCCCAAAAUGGUGGAACACUCCUGCAGCAGUUUGGGGAUUGGGCUGACAGUUGUUGGAAGGUACUGGAUGGACCUGAGUCCUUCCGAUGUGAUCUGGGGUUUCUCCGACACAGGCUGGAUCAAAUUCGUCUUCAGCAAUUUGUACCCUACGUGGAUCCAAGGGGCAUGUAUCUUUCAGCACGGCAUGCUCCAGUUCGAGCCAACGACUGUUCUCAAUACCCUCACCAAGUAUCCAGUGACAACUUUCUGUGGCCCCCCAACUGUUUAUCGUAUGCUUCUGCAGCACAACGUUGGAAGAUACCAGUUCAAGAGCCUGAGACGGUGUCUGAGCGGUGGGGAAGGCAACAGCCCUGAAGUGAUGGAGCAGUGGAAAGCGCAGACAGGAGUGGGAAUACGUGAAGGCUAUGGGCAGACAGAGACUACUAUGUUAUGUUCGACUAGGAGAGAUAUGAAAGUCAAGCCUGGCUUUGCCGGGACGCCGGCUCCUCCUUUUGAUGUCCAGAUAAUAGAUGAACAUUGCAAUCGCCUACCUCCUGGGGAAGAAGGAGACAUUGCUGUUAAAAUCAAGCCCAAAAGGCCCUUGGGUCUCUUCACCUGCUAUGUGGAUGACCCUGAGAAAACAGCUGCAACAGAGCGUGGGGACUUCUACAUCACCGGGGACAGAGGGAUCAUGGACGAAGAAGGAUAUGUCCAGUUUGUGGCAAGAGCCGAUGAUGUUAUCUUGUCCUCUGGGUAUCGCAUUGGGCCAUCUGAAGUAGAAAAUGCCUUGAUGGAGCACCCGGCAGUGGCAGAAGCAGCCGUCGUCAGCAGCCCAGAUCCCGUCCGAGGAGAGGUUGUGAAAGCUUUCGUUGUCCUGUCGCCGAUUUAUCAGUCACAUGACAAAGAACAAUUAAUUCUUGAGCUGCAAACACAUGCCAAGAAAGUGACAGCUCCUUACAAGUACCCCCGAAAGAUGGAGUUUGUUCAAGACCUACCCAAGACAAUUUCUGGGAAAAUCCAGAGGAAGGAGCUGAGGAUGAAAGAGUGGGGGAAAGCCUAAGGGGACUAUGAAGCUAUCAAAAAAGGACCGGUUGUCACAACAAUAUCACAGGUGGAUAGAUGAUGAUGUUCCAUUUGCCUUGGUGGCCAUUAUUGUACAAAUUUCUAGUGUCUCUCGUGGAUAACAUAGGAAUUUAUAGCCCAUGGGAUAUUAACUGGCCUGUUGGUGUCCUUCAUGGUCAUUUAAAUGCCUUUGCUGUAUUAUAAAUUAAUGCUUAACUGUUAGUGCUGUAAAUGUUAGUGCUGUAAAUGGUAUUACGGUUUUAAUUAUGUUUGUUAUUGUAUUGCUGCUUUUGGGAUGUUACUCUUUUGUAAACUGCUUUGGAUGCAAGUUUGCAGAAAAUGCAGUAUAGAAAUAAUGUGAUGAUUAUAUUAUAUCUCUAUUAUUUUAUCAUUAUGAGCUGAAGAAUUUCAGCUCUCCUGUCAGUGUAUAUCAGUAUUGUCUUGGCAUAUUUUUAGGGAAUUGGCAAGAACCGUAUAAUGCCAAUCUGAAUAAAUAUGGAAAGUUGGCUUACACAAAAUAGUGUCUAAUGAGUAAAAUGGCUUAGAAGCUUAAACCGCCAUUGCAGAAAAAUAAAAGAACAAUCUCAUGAAUUGUUACAACUUACACAAGAUAUUCAAACCUGCAUUGCAACGACCAUAAGCAUAAAUCACAGGUGAUGAACCUUUGGCCUUUCAGAUGCUACUGGACUCCAAUCCCAUCAGCCCCCACCCUAGAGUUCCUUUACCAAUAAUUUACCAAAACUUCCACCACUGUAACUAAGCCAAGUUUUACUGCCUGUGUUUUCUGACUGGUGUAUGGAAAAGCACAUGAACUUGACCUUUAAAGAGUUUCUAAGUAAACUAAUUUUAACUUGCUAAAUGUGUGAUCUU